CAAAAGCAUGCAGAGUACUUGUUUACUGUUUUUGCCAUCUCACAGUUUCAGAUAGAAUUUCGAAGGAUCUUGAUAACAAUGAUUGAAGCCUCCAUCCGCCUCAUGAGUGCUGAUCCAGAUUCUGAGGAAAUCUUCACCCAGAUCUUGGACAAGCUUGAACGUAGACACAGGCCACGCAUUGAUAAAAAUGCACUCCGACAGCUGACAGACAUGGGCUUUCCAGAGGCAGAAGCCACCAAAGCAUUACAUGCCAAGAGAAAUGUUAUGGAGGCAAUGGAAUGGCUUCUAGAACAGGGCAACAGAAGCAGUAGUGCAGCUGUCAGUGAUGAAGUUGAUGCUGCAAGCAACAGGAUGGCCACAGAACAAACAGCAGCACAUGCUGCAGUUUCUUCAGCUUCCACAGAUAUGUCUGGGGAUCCAGCCAAGAGGAUAUUGAACACUUUCUUGCAAUACCAUCGUAAAUGGUUCCAGCCCAACAUGCAGGUCAUGGAAAAAUUAGUAAACAUGGGUUUCAGUAAAGAGCAGGUUACUGAAGCACUCCGUUGCAGUGGAAAUAAGCAGAAUAGGGCAUGUGAAUUGCUGCUGAGCAACCGUUCGACAAUGCCAGAUGACCAAGGAUUGGAACGAGAUUCACCAAUUAUCUCGGCCAUUCUUGCAUCUCCUGUGAUACAGCUGGCAUUACCAAAGCCAAAAACACUUUUAGCUCUGAUGAUGUUGUUUGAAAGCCCUAAUAAUGCUAAUAUGUGGUUAAGUGAUCCAGAUACACAUCCAGUUGUUAGCCAAGUACUGAGGAUUUACCAUGCAGAAAAGCAUUGCCUAAGUCACAAUCGUCCUCUAGCAUCAACAGGGCCAGUUGAUCCACCAGCUGUGUCUCACCCUUUGGGGAUGAUAAGAGUUGGUACUUCUGUGAAUCCACCUCCUCUCCCGCAGUCACAGUUUGCCAGUGUAACAUACACUCAGCCAUUUCCCCUUAGCAUAAGAAGUGCUAGUAGCAAUGGAAUGGCAGGCAUGAGAAGCACUAGUAGUAGUGGGAUGACAGUUGACCAACCGUCACAUUCACUCACCAUGUCACCUGUAGCUAUGCGAAGAUCAUCAGCAGGACCACUGCCUUCUAGUCUGCACAUGAAUGCCUCCCCAAGUCCUCCAUCCAUUAACUUCGCAGCUGUUCGACUAAACCCAGAAGAAUCUAUGUCUCUCUCUGGGUCGCCAGUCAGGGCACGGGGUGGAGCUCGAAGCCUUUCUGACCUGACAGGGAGUCAACCAACUCAAGAAAGACCGUCUUAUGAAACCAGUGCAAGACAUACACAAAAUUGUGUCAGUCCAAUUACAUCUAUAGGUAGUAAUGAUGUAGAAAUGGAAGAUAGGACUGAUUCUCAUGCUAUGGAAACAAAGUGAACAUCAAAAUUCAGUGUAUCUUUCAUUUAGCUUUUUUAACCUCUUUAAUGUAGAUGGCAAAGAUACAUGCUAUGUCCACUGAAAUUUUAGCUUAUUAAUUGUGUUUACAUAUGGAUGGCUCCGCAAGUGCUUAACCCCUUCCCAAUGGGUGACGCCACUUGGCAUGAAAACAAACCGCUUGAAAAGUGGCGUGUGGCUGUAUGCUGCGGCAAGCCAGUGAUUCGGGCUGAUGUACCAAAUUCACACGCUCAAAGUUGGCGCGCUGCCAUUGUUUGCCAGAGUGUAGUUUUUUUGUUUUUUUUCCUUUCCUUUCCUUUCCUUUCCUUUCCUUUCCUUUCCUUUCCUUUCCUUUCCUUUCCUUUCCUUUCCUUCCUUCCUUCCCUUCCCUU